AUGCUUAAACAACAACCAAAGACCAGUUCCGAUGGGACAACCACAACUCCCUCCUCUUCAACUCCAUCCUCUUCAUCUACAAAACAAGAUUCAUUCUUUUACACAAAACAAGCAAUUAAAUCAUCCACUCUUCCUAUUGUACCAGAUGUGUUAAAUUCAGGAAUUCGGAUAGGAGGUGCAAUUUUCGGAUUUGUUUCUGGAUAUUAUGCAUUUAAUAAUCACUUUCAUCAAUUAUUUGGUGUUAAAUUGGUAGAACCAUCAGAAUCUUCAUCUCCACCUAAAGAAUGGAUUACAAAAUUAAUUGGAAAUAAUAACAACCAUAGAAAAUUAUGGGCAAAAACUAGUGUCGGUCUCAUCUCUCUAGCGACGGGUGGAGUGUUUGCAGUGUGUUCAGUUCCAUUUGUUCAUUUCAUUGCACAACUGUAUUACACCUGUAAAAUAACGAGCUAUGGCUUAAUGAAAGAUGUAUUUGACAAUAGGAAUAAUAAAAAUAAGGAAAAUGAAUCGUAA